CCGCUAUUCCACUCUGAAGCUUCCUUGGUUUUUUACAGUGGAAAUUGAAUCUCAAGCAACUGACCUUGGAACCAUCCGAUCCUUAAAAGUCAAUUGACUUUCCAACCUUCCCCAUUCUUCAAUUCGUCCCAUCCGCAACCUUUCCAACUAAUAGGGACCACUUCUAUUUUACACAAUCAAUUCAAAUGACUGCGUAAAUUGCUAGUUUGCUUUAACUGGCCGAAAGGACGACAAUGGCCGAAAGAAAGUUUCCCGUAUUGUCGAGGAGACAAAUCGAAGGCUUGAUCGCUGACGGACGGAGUGUUUUCAUUCUCGAUCAAUAUGUAAUCAAGGCAGAUGCAUGGCGCCAGUAUCACCCAGGUGGUGACAAGGCCAUCUUGCACAUGGUUGGUCGGGAUGCCUCCGAUGAAGUUACUGCUCUCCAUUCCCCCGAAGCAAGGCAGCAAAUGAAUCGUUAUCGAAUUGGUAAAAUUGAAGGAAGAUGGACUAAUUUCAUCCCCCCUAUUCAAGGCGGCAAAUUUAGGCCCUUGGUGGACGACGAGGACCUUGAGAAUGAUACCGACGGGUCCGAUCCAACCUCUCCGACAUCCUUGAGCAACCUAAGUUCCCGUGACCCCUCUCCUGUUUUCGACAAUACCUCGGAAUCUACGACCCGAAAGCGCCAUACCGCCGAUAAACAAAUUCCUAGCUCGCCAUCUACGACGUCUGUAUCUUCCGUAGAGUUUGAUGAUGGCAUGUCAUACCUGAAUACUAUCACCAAGGAGAAGACCACCCUGGAUUUGGAAAAAUAUCCAUCCCUAGAUUUCACUACACAGGACACUAUUGUUACCAAGUAUCGUCUGCUACGUCAGCACGUUAAAGACGAAAAUCUUUACGCUUGCAACUACUGGGCAUACGCCAUAGAAGUUACUCGGUAUUCCAUGCUUUUCGGCCUCAGCUUCCUCUUCCUACACUGGGGUUGGUAUAUUCUGAGCGCGAUAUCACUAGGCGCAGUCUGGCAUCAACUUGUCUUCUCAGCUCAUGACGCCGGGCACAUGGGCAUAACUCAUGGCUUCCAUACAGAUACCGUCAUCGGCAUUUUGAUCGCUGACUUCCUGGGUGGCCUGUCUUUGGGAUGGUGGAAACAUAACCAUAACGUGCAUCAUAUCGUCACAAAUGCGCCCGAGCACGACCCAGACAUUGAGCAUAUGCCGUUCAUGGCCGUUUCUCACAGGUUUUUCCAAUCUAUGCGUUCCACCUACUACGACCGUGUGAUGGAAUACGACGCUGUGGCAAAAUUUACCCUCAGGAUCCAGCCUUACACAUACUACAUAUUGCUCCUCUUUGGGCGUGUGAAUCUCUACCGCUUAUCUUGGGAAUAUCUACUCGCAGGAAGGGGACCUCGGAAAGGCCCGGCCUGGUGGCACAGAUGGCUCGAAUUAGCCGGCAUGGUGUUUUUCUGGAGUUGGUACGGCUAUGGUGUCCUGUAUAAGUCGAUUCCUAAUAACUGGGACCGAUUCGUCUUUGUCAUGAUCAGCCACAUGGUUCCUAUGCCCGUACACGCGCAAAUCUGCCUUUCUCAUUUUGCGAUGAGUACGUCGGAUCUUGGACCCCACGAAUCAUUCCCCCAGAAAAUGCUUCGUACUACCAUGGAUAUCGACUGCCCUCAGUGGCUAGAUUUUUUCCAUGGUGGUCUACAAUUUCAGGUCAUACACCACUUAUUUCCCCGAAUCCCACGCCACAAUCUCCGCCGUACGCAAAAGCUUGUGCAGGAAUUCUGUGACGAGGUCGGCAUUCCGUAUGCGCUGUACGGUUUUGUGGAUGGUAACAAGCAGGUCGUCGGCACAUUGGCCGAAGUGUCGAGGCAAGCUGCAAUUUUAGCCAAGUGCCAGAAAGUCAUCUCGGAAAGCGAUGACCCCAUUCAUGGGCAUGGACACCACCACUAAAGUUCUGGUAUCCCCUGUAUUCUCGUAGCCUGAACCCCCUUUGUAAAUAGGUAGCUGCCCCCUCUGUUGAACAGCGAGCGUGUACCGAAGGGACGGCCUAACAUUAGAUGGCGCAGAUCCUUCUUAGUUACCAUGUCUCAAAUAGCAUCCCGAGGACCUGAUGCAACCUCGCUGAGGAACGUACGGGUCAAUGUUUGCGAACUUGGCGACACGUAGUCGGACCGUCCUCCCGUUCCGAAUUAAUGAAGAAUUACUACAUUUCGAGCUCUAGGGUGGGAAGUUUUUUUUUUGUUUUUUUCCUGUUUUCUGUAGCGAGCCAAUGCCGUGGCGAGCAAGAAGUGUCAAGGCUGGUUCUAGCAUUUGACCUGCCAUUUGUUGACCACCUUGUUGAAAUUUGAGUGGCGUGUUAGUCCAACAUCUUACCCCGAGAUCUCGGGGUGUUGGUCAGAAUCAGGCUCCCGUGAUCCUUGUUCCGGUGGUCAACCCCCUUUUGCGGCCUUAUCGGACGAGAGGAUAUAUACCUGGCUAGGCUGGCUAGGCUGGCUCCGUCGUGGGAUAAUAAUUUGGCAAUUUUCGCAGAUAUUGAAUUAAUCCUAUUGUGCGACACCGAUUGACUCCUUACGUCUCAGCCUAAGCUACC